AUGGCCUCCUACAUCGAUACAUCCCUCGCAGAGGCUCAGCCCGCACCUGAACUUCUUGGUGAAGUUAAGAAGCCCAAGAAGAAAAAGGUGCUGCUCAUGGGGAAGUCCGGCUCGGGGAAGAGUAGUAUGAGAAGUAUCAUUUUUAGCAAUUACAUUGCACGCGAUACACGAAGACUCGGCGCUACUAUCGAUAUCGAUCUCUCCCACGUCAAAUUCCUCGGCAAUCUAACCCUCAACCUCUGGGACUGCGGUGGUCAAGAAGCCUUUAUGGAAAACUACCUCUCCCAACAACGCGUACACGUAUUCUCCAACGUCGGCGUCCUAAUCUACGUCUUCGACAUUGAAUCCCGCGACGUCGACCGCGAUCUCGCAACAUACGUGUCCAUCCUCUCCGCGCUCCUGCAAUACUCUCCUUCCGCCAAGAUCUACAUUCUCAUCCACAAAAUGGAUCUCGUAGUCCCGACAGCGCGCGAAAGCGUGUACGACGAGCGAAUCCGAGUCGUGCGACAAAAGACGUUCGAGUAUGGAAAUUCAGUCGGUAUUGCGGCUAGUUCGAUUGAGCUUACGCCGUUUGCUACGUCGAUUUGGGAUCAGAGCUUGUAUAAAGCCUGGGCGUCGAUUAUUCACGAUUUGGUACCUAAUUUAUCCGUCAUCGAGCGAAACCUUGCGAAUCUGGGUCUUGCUAUCGAAGCGGAAGAAUUGCUGCUCUUCGAACGCACGUCUUUCCUUGCUGUAUCGUCGUGGACGUCAACUGAAGGCCAACGCAAUCCUACCGAAGAUCGAUUAGAGCGCAUGUCCAACAUUAUGAAGCACUUCAAGCAGAGCAUUUCGCGAUUCACUGGUACACCACGAAACGCUGAGCAGUUUAUUCGAAUGGAGCAUAAAGCGGGCAAUCGGUUUAGUUUGUUUAUUCUCAAGUUUACGACAAACACGUAUCUGAUGGUUGUGCUUCCGCCUGGAGAGGCUCGGUUUAAUGCUGCUAUGCUGAAUUGUCAGAUUGCGAUUGAGCAUUUCAGAUUUUUGGAUGGGCCUGCGAUUCAACCUGCCAACGCAACAACACCUGCUGCUGCCUAG